GGCCGCGGGCUCCGCCCGUCGUGCCGGGGGAGGCACUCUCGGACGGCCCACGGAGGUGCAGCUGACCUACACGUCCUCCUUGCCGACACUAUGCUCCAGUUCCUGCUUGGAUUUACUCUUGGCAACGUGGUGGGAAUGUAUCUGGCUCAGAACUAUGACAUACCAAACCUGGCUAAAAAACUUGAAGAAAUUAAAAAGGACGUGGAUGCCAAGAAGAAACCCCCUAGUUCAUGAGGCCGACUCCAGCACUGCCUCCUGGAUAAACUGAUUCUGCUGUUCUUGAGGGCCUCCUUUACCAUCUGAACCAAAAGCUUUUGUUUUCAUCUCCAGCCUCGGCAGUUUUCUUCUUUGCUAGACCCUGCAUUGCCUUACAGCACAAAUGGGGCCACAAGUUAAGAACAGCCCUUACUUUUCCAACAUCCUCACUUCUUCCCUUCCUCCUUCCAGCCACUUGGGAGGUCCUGAGAAUGGAAUUAUGGUGCUAGAUUAGUAAACAUGACCUUUAAUUAGUAGUCUCUCCCUUAUUCUUUGGGAUUUCUACUACCGUUUUCAGAAGAAAAAUUGAUGAGUUUUGUAUAGCUGAUGAGAUAUAAAUAAUGCUGAUUUCACAGUCUAGCAAUUAUAUUGGGUGUUUAAACCUUUGGUACUAAAUUAUGUUGUUUCAAAGUAGUAAUUAAAAUGAAAACCUAGAAGCCA